AUGCUUGAUGGGUCGAGCCCCCAGGCUGGCAAAAUCUGGAAGAAGGCAGUUCUUACCUUCUCCUUUGAUGGCAAGAAAAUGACAGAGACCUUCCUUAUAUGUAACACAGGUUCUCAUGCGGCCAUCCUAGGAUUGAAAUGGUUGGAUGCCCACAACCCGGAGAUUGAUUGGAACACGCGCACCCUCACCUUCCCUCAUACAACCCCUGAACACGUGGCCAUUGCCAAGGAGGAAGAAGCAGAUAAGAAUCCUCUUGAAGGAGUACCCUCCAAGUACCAUCAAUACGCCAAGGUAUUUGGAGAAGAAGAAUUCAACAAGCUUCCUCCUCACCAACACUAUGACAUUGGAAUCAAACUUACGGAAGAGGGCCCCCUGAAUUUGCCCCUUUAUAGCAUGACUGAUGCCGAGUCUGCCACACUUAAGGAUUGGCUCAGAGACAAACUCAAGGCUGGGAAGAUCCGUCCCAGUAAAUCCUCAAUUAGCUCUCCUGUCAUGUUUACUAAGAAAAACGUAUACCCGCUACCCCGUCCGGAUGACCUUAUGGCCCAGCUCCGCGGUGCCAAGGUCUUCACCAAACUAGACCUGAGAUGGGGUUACAACAACGUCCGGGUCAAAGAAGGCAACGAAUGGAAAACGGCCUUCUGCACCAAAUACGGCCUAUACAAGUCCUUGGUAAUGACUUUUGGUUUAACAAACGCCCCUGCCGCCUUUCAGCACUUCAUGAACAAACUGUUCAAAGACUUACUGGAUGUAUGCAUCAUCAUAUACCUAGAUGAUAUCUUGAUUUAUUCAAAAGAUGACGCAUCCCACACCCAACACGUCCAUGAGGUCCUACGGCGCUUAUUAGAAAACCAACUGUUUUGCAAGGCCUCAAAAUGCAUGUUCCAUGUCACUUCCGUGGAAUACUUGGGGAUCAUUGUAUCAGAUAAGGGUUUCAGCUUGGACAAACUCAAAAUCCAAGCAGUUCAGGAAUGGCCAACACCCACAAAGGUUAAGGAAGUACAAUCUUUCCUGGGGUUUGCAAAUUUCCUCCGCCAAUUUGUUGCCAACUUUAGCCACAUGGCCAGGCCGCUACACAACCUGGUCAAGAAAGAUACGGCUUGGAAUUGGGGUCCUAAAGAACAAGAAGCUUUCCAGGGUUUAAAGGAUGCUAUUACCAAUGCCCCGGUCCUAUGCCACGCCGAUCCUGCCAAACCUUAUUUCCUGGAAACAGACACCUCAGGUGCGGCCUUAGGGUCUAUACUCAGCCAACGCCAGGAAGACGGACGGUUACAUCCCUUAGGAUUCCUAUCAGAAUUGUUCAAGGGAGCGGAACAAAACUAUGAUACCCACGACAAGGAACUAUUGGCUAUCAUACGAUCCUUUGAAUACUGGCGUAUAUUCCUGGAAGGAACUGCACACCCAAUCACCAUAUUUACCAAUCACCGCAAUCUGGAGUACUGGAAGGAAUCAAGAACCUUCAACCGUCGCCACGCACAAUGGCACCUUCUACUAGCCGGAUACAACUUCCAGAUUGUCUAUCGCCCCAGGAAACAAUCAGGGAAACCGGAUGCACUUUCACGCCGCUCAGAUCACGCCGACAUCCCUCCAGCUGACCAAACCAUGCUCCCAGACCCUGUCUUUGCCAACGUUGUGCUAGUCUUACCAGAAAAGGAAUUACAACGUCAGAUUGAGCAAUCCCUAGACCAAGACAAGUCCUUGGAGGAAAUCCUCCAAUUCCUCCAAAACGAAUCAAAGGCACCACCUUCCAUCAAACAAGCAUUCAAGGACUAUGAAAUGGAAGCCGGGUUGUUAUUCUACCAAGGACAAAUUGUAGUACCAGAUGCAGGCACCCUAAGGACAGACUUGCUACGGAUAUUCCACAAUAGCCCCUUAGCUGGACAUCCUGGUAGACAACAAACCCUGGAAUUGGUCUUGCGCAACUACUACUGGCCUGGCAUCCGUGCCAACACUUAUUGGCAUGUGGACUCCUGUGAAACAUGUCAACAAAUCAGGAAGCCCAAGUAUGCGUCUAUCCCACCUCAGCCCCUAGAACUUCCAACUAGACCCUGGCAACACGUUUCUUACAACAUGAUUGUGGACUUACCAAAGGACGGAAACUACGACUCAAUCCUGGUCAUCAUUGAUAGCUUCACCAAGUACGGGAUAUUUGUCAAAUGCUCCAAGAAACUGAAAGCCCCGGAACUAGCGGAAUUAUUCCUGGAACACGUAUGGAAACGGCACGGCAUGCCCGAGAAAACGGUCUCAGAUAGAGGGAGAGUGUUCAACAAUAAGUUCCUGAAGGCGCUGUACAAACGUCUGGGAAUAGACCCCCACUUCUCCUUGGCAUAUCACCCCCAGAGCGACGGACAGACAGAACAAGUCAACCCAUCCAUCAAACAUUUCCUCAGGGCAUACUCAGGAGUCAACCAACAAGACUGGACUAAGUGGCUGCCAAUGGCAGAAUUUGCGUACAACAACGCUGUGCACAGUAGUACUGGGAAGACUCCUUUCAAGGCCUUAUACGGAUGGGAACCCACCUUAACCCCAUCCAACGUACCCACAGAUGUCCCAGAAGCGGACAAACUUGCCCAAACAAUGGAAGCGCAAUGGAAGGAAGUAGAAUCGGCCCUCCGGCAAGCCAAGCAACGGAUGACAGCCGGAGAAAGCGGAAGCCCAACGGAAUUCAAAAUUGGAGAAGAAGCUUGGCUUGACGCCAAGAAUGUCAACCUCAAAACCUUAAGUCCCAAACUGACAGAACAACGUUUGGGCCCGUUCAAGGUUACCGAGAAAAUCUCCGACCGCGCUUACCGGCUUGAACUACCCCCAACAAUGCGCAUUCACAACGUCUUCUACGUGGGGCUUCUAUCUAAGGUCAAAAGGGACAAGAAAUGCGCCUUCAAGAACCGCCCACCACCAGUCACCGUGGAUGGGGAAGAAGAAUACAAGGUGGAAGGGAUCACUGAUGCUGAAGAAAGGAACGGGAAAUGGUUCUUCCAAGUCAAAUGGAAGGGCUACGGAUCCAAAGAGAACACAUGGGAACCUUGA